UUUGCAGAGAUCUUGAAGAAGAGUUCUGGCUAAGACGAGACGCCGUUUCCGUGGAUUACAAAGCAAAAAUGUUUCGGAUUGUGAUAGGGCUACUUGUGCUUUCAGGCACAACAGCCCAGGCUCCCGGUACUAACCCCCAAUUUCAAACACAGGCAGCCAACUCACCUUCAACAAUGACCGAUUUGAGCAGUCAACUCUUCACCCUUCUCAGUAAUGCUCAGACAAGUAGUCAGGCUAUGUCAUCUGGGAUGCCUAUUAUUUCACAAGCACAAUCAACAAACGGUGUCCCUGGAACUACAAGGAAUGUCCAAGCAAUCCCUUAUGGAGGAUCGGCUUCAACAACAAGAACAAACGCUCAGCUUCUUCCAUAUGCUGCCCCAGGUUCACCUCAACAAACAGGUCAAACUGCACAACAGACGGGCACAUCUACCAACCAACAAACAAGUUCUAGCCAGACAGCGUACAACAACCAACAGGCAACCCAAAGCCAGAACCCAUAUGCCAACCAACAGGCAACUCAAAGCCAGACACAAUUUGCCAGCCAACAGGCAACUCAAAGCCAGAACCCAUAUGCCAACCAACAGGCAGCCCAAAGCCAGACACAAUUUUCCAACCAACAGGCAACUCAAAGCCAGAACCCAUAUGCCAACCAACAGGCAGCCCAAAGCCAGACACAACUCCCCAACCAACAGGCAACUCAAAGCCAGACACCAUAUAACAACCAGCAGGCAACUCAAAGCCAGACACAAUUCCCCAACCAACAGGCAACUCAAAGCCAGAACCCAUAUGCCAAUCAACAGGCAACCCAAAGCCAGACACAACUCCCCAACCAACAGGCAACUCAAAGCCAGACACCAUAUAACAACCAGCAGGCAACUCAAAGCCAGACACAAUUCCCCAACCAACAGGCAACUCAAAGCCAGAACCCAUAUGCCAACCAGCAGGCAACUCAAACGAACCAACAAGCGACACAAAGUCAGACAACACAAAAACAAACAAGCCCUAAUCAACAAACAGCUCAACGUUCACCAUUUGGAAAUACACAGAUGAACUAUUUUCAAAGGCAGCAGCUACUUCAACAACAAAAUCAACUACAGCAGCAACAACAGCAACCAAUGUUUAAUAUGAUGGGCAAUAGGGGAUUCAUGCAGCCAUCACAAACAAACAACAUGCAGCAACAGACAAAUCAGUACCAGUUCGGUAUGAGAACCCCGCAAACCCCCCCAGCAUAUAGAAGUCAAGGUCAAUAUAUGUCACCCCAACAGCCACAAUGGGGAGGAUCACAGUGGGGUGGAUCUGGAUGGGGUCAGAACGGGUGGGGACAGCCCAGUGCCCUGGGAAUGUCUGCAGCUUUGGGACAAGGACAAGGUCAAACCCAGGGUCAAGGUCAAGGUCAAGGACUUCUCUCUCAGUUUGGAGGCGGGCAACAACAAUCGCAGCAGAAUCAAUUCAAUUUGCCAAGAGGAGCAGCGAAACAAAGUCAAAAUGAUAUGUCCAUGUUUAAUAUGCUCGCCAUGAUGUCUGCUAUGUCUGGGGAUCCCAUUGAGUUUCCUACUCGCGGACGGGGUGGUAUGGGGGCAAUGGGUGGUAUGGGAGGACUGGCCGGUAUGGGCGGUAUGAGUGGUUUGGCCGGUUUGGCCGGUAUGGGCGGUAUGGGCGGUAUGAGCGGUAUGGGCGGUAUGAGCGGUAUGAGCGGUAUGGGCGGUAUGGGCGGUAUGGGCGGUAUGAGCGGUAUGGGCGGUAUGGGCGGUAUGAGCGGUAUGGGCGGUAUGGGCGGAGGUAUGUCAAGCCUGCUAGGUGGAGGAGAGGGCUUAGGGGCUGCGAUGGCCAUGAUGUAG